ACUAAGAAUGACUAGACUCUACGACUCUAGAAUCUAGAUAAUGUCGGCUAGAUCUUGAUCUCUAGAUUACUCUAGAUUUAGAGUCUACUUAGGUAGUCUAGUACUAGAUCUAGAUUAUAUCUAGAUCUAUAAUUAAAUAAUAUAAUACUAAAUCUAGAUCAGUCAUCAUUAGUAAUUCUUUUUCUUAUUUAGCAUGAAUCACUCAGAGUUGUAUCUCAUGGUUUUCACUGAGAUGUGAAGUGAUUGGAUCAAGUUCAAGUCAAACAGGAUUUCAUAAACUAAAAAAAUGAGUAUGGACAAUGCAAGCCUUGGUUAUGCGGAUGCUGCUACUGGUGAUUCCAAAGAAGCAGUUUGUCAGCUUAGCAGCCUGGAUCACACUAAGCAGCUGAUAGCUAACAUUGAACAGAUGCGCCUUGAUUCAAACUAUUCUGAUGUCACAAUAAUAAUUGAUGACAUUCAAUUUCCAUGCCAUAAAGUAAUACUUGCUGCUGGGUCCCCAUAUUUCAAAUCAAUGUUUGCUUCUGGCAUGCUAGAGAGUAAGAAGAAAGAUAUUGAAAUGAAGCAGAUCGACCCAUUUGUGUUUGGACUUGUUCUGCUCUUCAUAUACACUGGAAAUGUAGAGAUAUCUGCUAACACAGUCCAUGAACUUUUUAUUCAAGCACAACUUUUUCAGAUAAACCAGUUGGUAGAGCUUUGUGUGAAAUAUCUGGAGCAGUCAAUGAACGAGUCCACUUGCUUAGCAGCAAUGACUUUAGCUGAAGCUCAUGGCCACAAACCCAUGUACGAUUACUCCUUGACCUUUGCCUGCCUCAAGUUUGACACACUGAGAGAUGAUGAGGACUUUGUGACGCUUUCUAUUAAAUGUGUGGUAGACUUAUUGAAAGACAGGAGACUGAAGUGCAAUAGUGAAGAAGAGGUUUAUGAGGCUGCUGUUCGCUGGUUGGAUCAUGAUAUUGAGCACAGAAAGUGUUACAGAUAUAAAAUUUUAUCUUGUAUCAAGUUCCCUCACAUCAAUCAAAGCUAUUUGAUGGACGUGGUCAUUAAAGCUGGGCAUUUAUCUGAUGAUCAACGUGGCAGGGAGUUAUUAGACGAAGCAGUUCUUUACCACACAGUGCCUUCACGCAGACACAUGUUGCCUUCUUAUCAGUUCACCCCACGCUAUACUUUUCCUUACCAUGAGUGUGCUGUUCUGCUUGGUGGUCGUCUCCUGGAUGGACUCAGCAAUGAAGUGGAGUGCUACAGGUCCGAUAGCCAAGAAUUUUCUCAGCUUAGAACGCUCCCUUUCAAGAAAAGGAAUGAGUUUGCUGCAUGUGCUGUGGGAGAUGAAAUCUAUGUAUCCGGGGGCCUUCGAAGCUGUGAAUUUUGGAAGUAUGAUCCAACAUUUGAUUCAUGGUUGCGAGGUGCUAACAUGCUUGUUGCUAGACGCCGCCAUGCCAUGGCAGCUGUGGAUCACACUAUUUUUGUACUAGGUGGUUUUGAUGAAGAAGUUGUAUUAGAGUCCAUCGAAAAAUGGGACAGAAAGUCUAAUAAGUGGGAGGAGGCUGGACGGUUGUCCCAAGCAGUAGAAAACAUGGGAUUUGUGGCUUUUGGUAAAAACAUUUACCUUUUUGGUGGCAAAAACAUAGAAGAGUUUGUGACCAACACCGUCCAAUGUUUUGACACUACUACUUUGACAUGCUCCAUCUUACAGAAAUCUCUACCUGCCCAUGACAUGUGUCUAAGUGCUUGUGUUCUUGACGGUUCAAUCUAUGUUGUGGGUCUGGAAGGUUUCUUCAAGUACACUCCUGCAGAGGAUGAGUGGGAGCUUCUCCAAGACAUGAAUCUGCCCAGGGACUUUGUCAGCCUUGCCGUUCUGGACCAGCAGCUCUAUGCUUUUGGGGGGAGGAGACGUGGUGCAAAAGACAAUUUGUACUCAGAUGCCAUAGAGAAAUACAACCCAGAACUAAACACAUGGGAAUCUGCAGGGACAUUACCCAUACGGAUGUACUCUUAUGGAUGUGUGAGGAUAUUGCUUAGCCAGCAAAAGUCUGGACAAGAAACUUCAAAUAUUAAAGUUAAAAAAUCUGAGGGCUGAAAAUAAGCAUUUGAUAUUUAGUGUAUUUAAUAAUUUAUUUUCAAUGAUAUAAAAUGUGUUCACAUUGGAGUGAAUAGCUAUCAUAUCAUUUCCUUGGCUGUGGUUUGUAAAUAUUUUGUAACAUUAGAAACAAAAAUUUCUACUUAAUGAUUUUUUGUUGAACAUUGAAUUUCUAUGUACAAAUACCUAUCAAAUAAUUAAAUGCAAGUUUCGAUUAUGGCUCACAAAAAAAAACUAUUUGAAAAUACAGCAAAUUAUAUUUUCAAAGAAGCAACAAUAAUUUCAAUAUUUUGUAGAAGUGGAGUAUUUUUAAUAUCUUUAAAAAAAACUUUAAUAGUUUACUUUGACAUUGUCCAAUACUGUAAUUAAAAAUUAUUUUAAGCAACAGUAUAAAAACCUAACCUGUACAAAGACAAAACUUGAGAUUUCAUCAAAUUGGAAUUAGUUGAUAUUGUUUUGAGAAAGAUUUCAAGUCAUAUCUCCAUGUCAUUUUGUGGGCCAUCAAUUUUUAUUUUUAUUUACUUUAAGUAGACUAAUCUACUUGUUACGAAAUUUCGAUGUAAGAAUCUUUCCCAGGGCCUAAGUUGGAUUACUUUGAAAGAAAACUUUUGUUUUCUUAUAAAUAAAAAAAAUCAUAUUUAAAAUUUAAAUAAAGAAAAAAAAAUAUUUAAGUACUUUUAUGAAGCAUGGUAAAUAAAAGUUUUUAAUUGUUGAUUCUGUAAUGUAUACAUGAAAAAAAACUUUUUUUAUUUCUGAUAAUGACUAUUCGAAUGAUUGAUAAUAGAUGUUGAUUGUUUUUUUCUGUACAUAAGAAAAUGUUUCAAUUUAAUGAUUAACCUUGGUAAUAGUGCAUAUUCACAUAUUAAUCAAGUCAUUGUAAGCUUUAUAGGACAUAACCUAUCUAUUAACAUAUUAUCCUAGAAACAUAUUUCAAUGUCUUGGAAUGUUUCAGACUUGUGUCACUAAAGUGGUGAUGACUGAAAACUGAAAUGAAAUCAUGUCUCUUUUUGAUUUCUCUGACAACUCAAUAAUUUGUAAACAGCUUAAGGUUAACUCAAGCCAUCGUCCAGCCGUGGCACAGUAACCCCACGUAGCUUAGACCAGCAUUGUUAUCCUCAAGGUUACCAGGACUAAUCCAAUGUUCAUUUACCAACAUCUGCAUAAACUUCCACGUGUAAGAAGAAAUAUUUUCUAUAAGAAACUGUAUAAAAAUCAAGUUCUACUGAAAAAGUUUAAAAAAAAUUAAAUAAAUGUGCAGAAAAUGUUUAAAGAUUUAUGUAAUUUUUUUAUAUACUGCCAUUGAAAAAUCUGAUUUGGACAAAUCUGUUUUUGUCAUACGGUGCACUAACUUGAUAUUUUGUAACAUUUUGUUUAUUUCCAGUCUCCUAGCAAAGAUAUUUAUGUACAUGACAUUACUUUUAUUGAAAAAACAUUUGGUUUAAUACUCAAAUAAAACUCGAAUGAAACAA